CCGAACUUUCCGCCGGCUCCCACGCUACGCUGGCUCACGUGCUCACGAGACAACCGUCCCGCGUGUACAUGGUAGGGCCCACGAGGGAAACUACGCGCCACUGGCCACACAAUCUUAUCCCCACCUCGUGAGCAUCUAAUCCAGUUCAUCCCUGCCACCGUCCUCUCUCUGACUCCCCAAAAUACUAGCGCCGGCAACUGCAGUUUGAGGACGCCAGAGCUGAUGCGAGCGGGAGCUGCGUCCAUGGAUGCAAAGCUACAUCUUCUUAUCCCCCGAUGCCCGCCGGAGCGGCGAGCAGCAACCAUGGAUGGCAGGAGCUGCAACCGCUUCCAUGGGAGCUACAACCUGCGUCCAUGGGAGCUGCGGCGGAAACGCGAGCUGCAACCAUGGAUGGCGGGGAGCUGCAAUCGGCCUCCGGGGGAGCUGCAUAUGACUCGAUGGCGAUUAGCAGCGGGCGGGGGUGGCCGGCGAGCACGGGCGGCGCGAGGGUGACCGGCAAGCACGGGCGGCACGGGGUGGCCGACGAGUCAGGCGCGAGCGCGGGCGGCGCGGGGGUGGCCGGCGAGCAUGGGCGCGAGCACGGGUGGCGCGAGAGUUGCCGGCGAGCAUGGGCGCGAGCACAGGCGGCGCGGGCUGGCCGGCGAGGGCAGGCUGCGCGGGUUGGCCGGUGAGGGCGGGCUGCACGAGUUGGCCGACGAGCGCGGGCUGCGUGGGGUGGCUGGCGAGCACGGGCGCAAGCACUGGUGAAGAGAACGGAAGAUCAAAUCCAACGAUAUAUACAGGGGAAUCGGGUGGCUGCGCGCUGACCGGUAAAAUUUAGGCCAGUGCACCGGCGCCUAUCGGUGCCCAUGGAAAAAAGGUGUGCAUGAAAAGAUUGAAUGGUCGCCUUCAACCGCCAACAUGCGGUAGUUGUGACACGGGAAGCGAGCACACGCUUAGAAAAAUCUCUAUUUUCCUUUAAAAAAUGGAGGAUA